UCUUGGAAUUCUCAGUCUCAUUCCUCACGAAAUCGAAUGGGUAUCGUGAUCGUGUAAUCUCUAAUCUGUGUUCUUUACUUCUUUUGUAGUUUUCUAUCAAGAGCGUAUUGUUGUCAAAUUUUCAUUGAUCUACAAAAUAUAACGCAUUAAAAGAAUCGCCGUUGACAGUCGAAUUAAAAGUGAAAUAGUCUAAUGUUUUUAUAGAUCGGGUUACAUAGCUAAUAACAUAUUUUUUAUAUGAAAACCUGGGAUAACAUCAUAAAAGAAAUAAGACUAUGAAUUAUAAGUGUUGUUAUUGUUCGUGAUGUCAUGACUACGGUGCUUCCAAAGUGGAUAAAGGAAAUUUCAAUAGAGUCGUGUAAGUUACGCCAUAGGGAGCUUAAACCGAUUAGCCUGAUCAAGCCUAGCUAACUUUGUAACAGUAUUGAUUACAAAUAGUACGCGCUAGUGCUAAAGACAUGAAUCGCUAAUCAAGAUUAUAAGUGCUAUAUGAUGAAUUUUAAAUUGGUGAAUAUGUCAGUGUUAUGAUGUAAGUGACGAUGUCGAAGGUGCUAUCAGCUCUCGGUGGGGCUUUGCCCGACGAGAGGCCGCUGCUUUCCCUGCAGAUCGUGGAUAGUUUGGCCAAGUGCCCCGCUGGCUAUUGGCCCGUGAGCCGCACAUACGACGAGGACGCCGAUGCAGGUCUGCUGCGUCAAUCCGGUCUCUUUGGCAAGAAACCGAGCCACUAUAUAUGUUUGUCAAAGUCUGAGGGAGUGCCGGGAUACGUGAUGGACGGUGUCCUGGUGCUGGGGGAGCGGGAGGCCAUCCCCGCGGGAUACAGCGUGGCGGGGCGCGCGGGCAAGCGGCGGCUGUGCACGCAUGUGUCGAGACAGGCUCCUGCCGCGACCCCGCUCGUUACCGACGUCAUCGUCUGCUCUAAGAUGCGAGCCGCGCCGCAGGGGUUCUUGCUGGCUGGUGAGAUCAACGGCAAGGUGGUAUGUUAUAAAGUCAGCGGUGGUAGCUUAGAAACGUCGCCCACGCACCAGCCCAACGACUACGAGAACGUGGUCACCAAUCUCACGCCUGAAGCAGCCAGGAGUUCGUUGUCGGUAACACUGUACAAACAGUUCAAAUUGCGGUGGGCAGGCUGUAUGGGAUUGCGGCCGGUCCCAGAACGGCCUCCGAAGCUAUCCCCCCUCGUAUCGGAACUUAACAAUCUCAACCUCAAGUCCCCUUCGGGGUACCCGAACAUCGAGGAAUUCACUUCCGACCAUGACUACGAAGCCCUGAGCCCCUCUUAUAACAUGAAACCCGCGAGACCGGCGCCUCGGCCACCGUCGACGAAGUCCCCGGUCCCGCACGGCAGCCCGGGACCCACGUCCCCCGCCGCGCUACACAGGAAGAAGGGGCCUGCGCCCUUGCCCAAGGUUCUCAACUACCAAACUCUCGGCGGAUACAAUGGCAUGGAGGGAGUUCCUUUUGUUCUUAACCCCAAGCUGAGGGGGUUGCCAAGUGAUGCCUUGACGCAGUUGCCCACGAUCAAGCAGCGCACCAGCUUCGACCUGGACCGCGACUACUCGUACAACUUCUCAGUGGAGCGACAGACGUGAUCCCGCACUUCCGCGCGCCUCUUAUAGACUGACUAACAAAAUAUUAUAACGAAAAUUGCAUGAAAAUUUGAGACGACAAGCACAUUGAUAAACUAUAAAUAAAUCAACAUAAUUUGUUAAUAUCUAUAGCCAAGGUGUACAACAUUGUAUACUUGAAAAUGUUACCGACGAUAAUUCCUCGUUACAUAACUCAAUAUAAUAACGACCUGUAUAAUAAUUAUCAGGUAUUGAUUAAAAUUAGAUCAAUAUCUAUGUUAUUUAUAUGAAACAAGCGUAAUUAAGCAUAAGAUUAUGUAAUUAUGAACGACUUCAAAUAAUGAAUUGAAACAUUCGAUAUUGAAUUUAAUGUACUGUAGGAAAAACAAUUAUAUUUAGUUUCUUAAAUUGAAAGGUAUACAAGUAAUUACAAAAUUAUGAUUUAUGUAUAAAUGUCGCCGAAGGAUUACGUUAUAAAAUAAACUAAGCAUUCAUUUUUUUUAAACGUGUCAGUUAAAAAGCAAUCUGUAACAUAUCUUAAUUAGGAUUCAAAGUGUUGUGAACAAGGAGAUUGUAGCGAGGCCUUGAGAGCACCGUCUGGUGUUUAAGACUGAAGUAAUAUUAACGUGGGAUCAAGCCGAUCAAAGUGUGAAUUCAGGGACGUUAGUUAUGACGAUGUAAUUAAUGAAUUAUUUCAUGAAAUAUACGAAUAGAAAUAACUUAAAGUUAUUUAACUAAUUUUUUGUCAUACGACCAAGGUCGUGCCAAAACGCGAGAAGCUAAAAAUACUGCUUUUCAUACAAUACUGACUAUUGAAUAAACACGUAAUGAUACAAACUGAAAAUUGCUUAUUAUUAAUUAUAUAAAAAGCAUUCGGUCGUUUAACAGUGUCUGUAACAAUUCCUAACGCACCCGUCUCCAUACAUGGCCAUUAGUAUGACAUUAUAUAUUUGAAUUUUCUCUAUAGGAUAAUGUGUAAAGAUAUAAAGAGAUGUGGAUCUUAUUAGUAUAAAAGUGGAAAUGAUAUACAAAUUUGUAAAUAUAUCUAUGUAUCAAUUUCGAAUUAUAAUUUUAGGCAACAUGCUUAGGCAAAUGAUACCCAUUGCAAACAUCUCAUAUCGAUAUAAGCACGGUUAGUUGAUGGUUGAUACACGUUGAAUUUAUCUUUUAUUUAUAUUAGUGUGUUGUGUUUAUAUCUGUGCCUAUUUUGUGGCACAUGAAUAACAGGACAUGAUGGCACAGGUAAAUAAAAAAAAAAAGAGCGUGACCUUGAAUUCCUCAGUAGUGUCCUAAAUAGUCUGUGGUAAAAUUAAAGUGAUUUGUGAAUUAAAAUAAUUCUUGUGAUUUAAAUAAAGAUUCAUCAACAGUUUGUAGUACACAUAGCUGAGCGAUAAACAAGGUUUGUCUCGUGCUGCCAUCGGAACAUAGUAUACUAUAAAUAUGGUGCCAAGCUAUACUGCUACAUAGUCAAUUUUGAAGAUGCACAAAAAAUUACAUCGUAAACCGUCGCUAGUUAGUAUUUAUAUAUUUACGAUAUGUCUAACAAUUUAAAUACUAUUGGUUUAUCAAUAUUGUUUGAGUUCUCACCUCCAGUUAGUUACACAUAUAUGCAGAUUGCAAUACAUGUGAAAAUACCUUAACUAUUAAAUCUAAUUAUUACAACAUUAUAAAUAAUAGAAACCUAUAUCAUAUUUAACUUUUUGUUUUUACAACUUUUAAGUUGCAUAUUUUAUGAUUACUGAAGUAAUCAUCCAAGUUGUUUAAUGGUUGAUCGCGAAUUAUUAUUAACUAUAAAUGAUUUUUAUAAUUUCUUUUGGUGGGUUGAAACAAUGUCCCAUUGUUUUUAGGAACAUUAAAGGGGAUUUAUUUUAUUUGUUUUUAUGAGAUUAACUUCCUAAGCGUUAAUUUUAAUUCAUAAUGUCGUGCAAACUUUUUGUUGAAUUUCAAUAUAUUAAUGACAUUUUAAAAUUUCAACAUGUGUUUUUUAAUUUUAGAAUAAUGAAUCGACGUAGAUUGAACUUAUAUCGUGCCAAAUAUACAAAAUAGUAAUAGUACAAUUUAUUUUUCAAUCAGGUUACCAAAGCUAGAGCGCUCUGUCGUCUAGCUGAAAUUGUAAAACUCAGUCAGAUAGUGCUUAGUCUAGUCUCGAAUUAUGUCCUGAUUUUCUAUCUUUUUUAUGUUAUUAUAUAUCUGCUCCUUUUAUAUAAUAACUUUUUUCUCAAAGUAAUCAUCUAUUAUACAUUUCUAAAAUAAGGGUUGUGAUCGCCAUUGCCCAAAUAGUUUUUAUAAUUUUGAUAUGUCAAUUUAUUACAUAUCUUUCAACAUUUUUAAAUAUUUAAUUUAUAUUGUUAAGUCUUUACGCAAUUGAAAGAUGAACUCAUGCUUUAAGUUAGGGUUUAUAGAAUAGUUUGAGAUUACACAGAUUUGUAUUAAUUAAAAAAAAACCUGAAUCAAAUAUAUGAUUUUAUUGUUAGAAUUUCAAUAUAACGAACUCGGCUAUAACAUCCUCUGACGUGUCGAGUAUGUUAUGAAUUGUUGCUCUAUGCGAGCUGAUGAGAUGAAGAGGAGAUUAAGUUAAAGCUGACCGUAGAUGAGAAAUAUUUGAUGAGUGACUACGGCGUUUGCUAAACAGCACGUAGAGUUCGCUAUCGUUUAUUAAAUACGUUGGUUGGGUUUUCGAUUGUUAUUGCCUUUUAUAUACGAUUGACAUUUCGGGUUGUUACUAUUCACAUAAAGUGAGUAAUUAGUAAUAUAUAUUUAUGUAAACUUAUGUAUAUAAAAUGGACUUGUGAACCGUUCUAUAAAAACUAUGCUCGUUGUCUUUGUAAUAGAGGACUACAUACAACUUACAAUUACAAAUAAUAUAUAGUUGUCAAGCUUGUCUUUUGGAUGAAUUUGCACGAUUAAAUAUUGAUUUUCAGUUUUAAAUUCCCAGUCUGUUUUAUAUAGUAUAAUUGAAAAUAGCCAAUUUACAUUGUUAUUUUUUAAUUUUAUGCCUAUGAUAUAAUUUUAAAAUAAUACUUAGUAGCUAUAAUGUAAAUAAUGUUUUUUUUUAUAUACGAUUAGGUUAUUAAAUACGCUUUUUGUAACUAGAAAAU